GACAUCCCAAAUAUCAGCCAUGGCAUCUCGCAUUGGUUUACGGAUGCAGCUUAUGCGAGAGCAAGUACAACAAGAGGAACAACGGGAGCGCAUUCAGCAGCAGUCAGUGAUGCAUUACAUGCAGCAACAGCAACAAAUGCCAAUGGCUCCAACCCCAGCCAUCAACACGCCAGUUCAUUUCCAAUCACCACCACCUGUGCCAGGAGAAGUUUUAAAGGUUCAGUCCUUCUUAGAAAAUCCUACCACAUACCAUCUGCAAAGGUCACGAGACAAGAAGGUCCAAGACUAUCUGUCUGAAACUUAUGGGAACAAGUUUGCACCGCUACUUGGUGCUCCUUCUCCCAAGCCUCCUCCUUCAGCCUCCCCUGGGGUGAGACCAUGUCAUGUCAUGUCCUCUUCUGCAGGCAACAGCACUCCGAACAGUCCAAUGGCAAUGCUUAAUAUCAGCUCCAAUCCAGAGAGAGAGAUAGAUGAUGUCAUUGAAGAUAUUAUGCAGCUGACAACUACUGUGGGGUGUCUUAAUCCAGAAAUUCAUAUGCCCAAUACUUUGCCUCUAUCCAGCAGCCAUAUGAAUGUCUAUAACAGUGACCUCCAGAUGACGCCUUCUAUGGUGGGCAUUACCAGCAGUUCCUGUCCUGCUGAUCUCACUCAAAAGAGAGAGCUUACAGAUGCUGAGAAUCGUGCCUUGGCUAAGGAACGCCAGAAGAAGGAUAAUCAUAAUCUCAUUGAAAGAAGACGCAGAUUCAACAUUAAUGAUCGCAUUAAGGAACUAGGGAUGCUGAUUCCAAAAGCUAGUGAUCUAGAUGUGCGCUGGAACAAAGGGACAAUCCUGAAAGCCUCUGUUGAUUAUAUCAGAAGGAUGCAGAAAGAUUUGCAGAGAUCACGAGAUCUUGAGAAUCAUUCUCGGCGUCUGGAAAUGGCUAACAAGCAGCUUUGGCUUCGUAUACAGGAACUGGAGAUGCAAGCUCAAGUCCAUGGGUUGCCAACCUCUUCACCCUCCGAUAUGAACAUGGCUGAACUAGCUCAGCAUAUGGUGAAGCAAGAAACCUCUGGAGAGGAGGGGACAGCAGAGCUCUUACAGCAACCGCAACUCCAAGCUGAACCGGAAGCUCAGCACCAGCCUCACUUUGCUCCUCCUCCUCCUCCUCCUCAAUCUCCCUACCACCAACUGAACUUUACUCAUAGCCUGAGCUUUGAUGACAGUUGUAGAGGUUUUCAUGACCCGCUGGACCCUAGCCAAAAUGUCUCUUUUCCCUCCUUGUCCAAGAAGGAGUUAGACUUGAUGCUAAUGGAGGAUACUAUGCUUCCUGUGGCUUCUGACCCCCUGUUUUCCACUGUGUCCCCAGAGGCUUCAAAGGCUAGCAGUCGGAGAAGCAGCUUCAGCAUGGAAGACACUGAUAUGCUGUGAAGAGAAGCCCUCCAAGCAGAUUAGGAAUUCAAUAUGGUUUAUUUGUGAAGUGAAAAUUUCUUCAUUUGACUUAUCUGUUUAGACUUCCUCAAAGACUUACGAGGUUAAUAAGAAAUGGAUCCUGAAUCAGAGAUGGUUUGUGUUCUGAUGGGAAUGGGAGAAUCUUUAGCACAAAGGAUUGUCCAUAGUUCUUGAAAUUUUAAUCCUUGACUUUCUCCUCUGCCUUGAUUUGCCAAAAGUGAACAAUCUGUCCUCAUCUUCCAUGAUUGCACAAUUAAUAUGGUCAGUCUGAUUCCUGCAGACCUCUCCUGUGCCCUGUGCUCUUCAUACUCCAGCCCCACGAAGCCAGUUAGAAUAGUUUCACAACAAUAUGAUUGUGAACAACCUUGGACAUCAAGAUAGCUGUGUACCCUUUUUUUGACAAGCAGCUUUAAUCGAGAUUUGGCAUUCAUAUGUCCAGUAAAGGUCAACUGUGUCUGUUCCCACCUUUUGAUCAACAGGCCAGUGGGAAUGUCUUCAGGUGUGCUUUCAUAUUGGAGUUCUUUUUGGUAUUGAACAGGAACACUCAAUACGCUCUGUAGUGGGGUGGGGAUGUCACUAGUUAACUCUGAGUAGUGAUGGAUAGUGAUUUUUAAUCCUUU